CCCUCCCGUCCCCCGUUGAGAGGAAGUAACGCGCAGGCGCAACUGCGCUAAUUAGCCCCCAGCGGAAGCCUCUCCCCUCCCCCAUGCCUUAAAGGGCCAGAAACAGCUGCCGCUGCUUGAGCCCUUUCCCACUUUUGGGGGGCGGGGGUGCGCAGGCGCAGUGGGGGAGCGCUGGGGUGGGGGUAGCGAUUUCGUAUCAAGUUGCUCUCGGUCCCGGCCGUGGAAGCCGGAGGGGUGAGGGUCAAGUCUGUAGCCUGAUCCCCGCUAUAUCCAUCGAAGGAGAAAAGUUUGUGAAUUGGGGUCCCAAGUUUUGGGGGAUCCGGGCUUGCAGCACGGGGUGACGGAGGAGGCUCGUGAGAGCCGCCCAUGGAGCCCACCCGGCCUGCGGAGGACCUGCUCUCGUCCCAGCCGCCCCCCGACCCAGAACUCAGGGACCCGGAAGACCCUGGCAGUGAAGCGCCGGACGGUUCGGACACCGUGGUCCUCAGCCUCUUCGCCUGUGCGGCCGAACCCGGGAACCCUGAGGCCGACGCCAGCGCCUCCUCCCUGCAGGGCAGCUCCCUGAAGCACUCCACAACCCUCACCAACCGACAGCGGGGGAACGAGGUCUCAGCCCUGCCCGCCACCCUGGACUCGCUGUCCAUCCACCAGCUUGCGGCCCAGGGGGAGCUGAGCCAGCUGAAGGAGCACUUGCGGAAAGGUGACAACCUCGUCAACAAGCCCGACGACCAUGGCUUCACCCCGCUCAUCUGGGCCUCGGCCUUUGGAGAGAUCCAGACAGUCCGCUUCCUCCUGGACUGGGGUGCUGACCCCCACAUCCUCGCCAAGGAGCGUGAGAGUGCCCUGUCUCUGGCCAGCAUGGGCGGCUACACGGACAUUGUGGGGCUGCUGCUUGAGCAUGAUGUGGACAUCAACAUCUAUGACUGGAAUGGAGGGACACCACUGCUGUACGCUGUGCGCGGGAACCACGUGAAGUGUGUGGAGGCUUUGCUGGGUGAGAAGGGUCCCCCAGAUCUCCAGCUCACCCUAGAGAAGCCCCGAGUUCUAGGCCUAGCCCAUCGCUACCUACUUUCCUUGGGGACUGGGAGCGAUCAGUUAUGUCCAGAGGGCUGUGGGAAAGUUGCAGUUGGAUACAAAGGGUGCCCUGGUCCUACUGAGCACGCCAGCCCCACCCCCAGUGCCUGCUCUGCCUUGCAGCCCGAGGUGCGGAUCUUACCACGGAGGCUGACUCAGGCUACACCCCAAUGGACCUCGCUGUGGCCCUGGGAUACCGGAAAGCACUCAGGAGGCUGAGGCAGGAGGAUCACUGAGUUCAAGGAUAGCCUGGGCUACACAGUGAUUUCAAAGCCACGCUGAAGUACAUAGCAAAACCCUGUCUCAAAAAACAAAACCAAAAAGAAUUUUUACAAACUUCCCGGAGGUGAGGCUGGUGGGAUGGGAGCGGCUUUUCCAUGGGAGGGGUGUGAAUCCCCUGGUCUAGAGUGGCCUCUCACUAGACCCAGGGCUGGGGUCCCUCUGUCCUCAGCAACCACUUCCGGUCCUGCUCAUGGCUUCCCUUUCCCUGCCCCAGUGCAACAGGUGAUGGAGAACCACAUCCUGAAGCUCUUCCAGAGCAGCCUGGGGCCCGUGGGCCCUGAGUGAAGGCACCGCCAGGACUCAGACUCUCAGGGAACGGAAGGGCCAGGCGACGCUGCAGGCAUCCAGACCUGGCCUCCAAGGCAGCUCCUGGACAGGCGGGGAGGGGACCCUCCUAGGGGAACCAAUAAACGCUCUGUGCAGAACUCAA